UGUCCGCCGGCUUCGACUCAUCUGUCAAUUUGUAUUUGUCAUUUUACGCGCCAGUAACAAAAUCAAACCAGCUGAUUAUUUAACGUCACUUCCUCAGCCAUUGUUAUCAGGGAGCGAUGACGAAGAUGGAGUGAAAAGGAGAGAGACGAUGAGUGAUUUAAGACGCGAAAGGACGUUAAAUAUGGCGUCGGUGGGAGGGAUUUUAAAAUGAUUUUCCUACGGCUUAUCGGUGAUUCAUUGACCUUUUAUACUCUCAUUCAAUUUUCUGCAAGGAAGUGUAAUGCUUAAACAGAAGAAACAGAAAACUAUUCCAAAGAAUGCAGAAACCUCAAGUAUAGUGUGUGAAAAGGAGAAAACACCUCGAAGAGGGAGACAGAAAAAGAGUAAGACUGAGAAGUUUGAGGUGAACCAAGGAAGUGAAAAGGUUAUUGUAGAAGAAGUUGAUGUUAACAUUGAAAACAAUGAAAGUAAAGAAUUUCAAACAAAUGAAGAAUGUAAAACUGGCUCCCCCGAUUUAUUUGAGACAGGGAGUCUGAAUGAUUCUCUGAAAACCCACACCGGUGUUUGCCUUUCCUCGUCUUCGUCAGAAUCGAGCGAUGACUUUGCACUGUCUGAAGUGGAAGUUGACAUGAUAAAGAAGGAAAUUGCCGAUAUAAAUGUUUUAUCAGCAGAGCGAUCAUUGCAGGUUUGGAAAGAAAUAUUACAAGUGCCAUCAAGCCAAAAAAUAACUCGAAGUGCUGAUUUACAAAUUUCUGAAAAUUAAGUUGUUGUAAAAUGCUCUUUCGUCACAGUUGAUGCCUUAUGUUAUGUACUGUAAUAUACUGAAAUGAAUCAGAGGAUUCUUCCAUAAGGAAUCAAGAACCGGGAUGUAUGUAGUAUUCUUGUAAAUAAAAGAUUUAUCACAGUUAACUAGACAAGAUGACAGACAGGCUAGUAGUGUUGCUAGAUAUGGACUGCUUUUAUGUACAAGUCGAGGAGCGUCACUAUCCACAUAUAAGAGGGCUACCAGCUGCUGUGGUUCAGUACAACUCAUGGAAGGGUGGAGGGAUCAUAGCUGUGAAUUAUGAAGCUCGAGCAUUUGGUGUGAAACGAGGUAUGAGAGGGGAUGAAGCGCGUAGUAAAUGUCCUGACAUUCAGUUAGUCACUGUUCCAGUUAACCGAGGAAAAGCAGACUUGACAAGGUACCGUGACGCUGGUAAAGAAGUUAUCAAUGUACUCUGCGAUUAUAGUGACUGCGUUGAAAGAGCAAGUAUAGAUGAAGCAUAUAUUGACUUCACUGGAGCUGUGCAGGAGCAAAUAGUGAAACAUGGUGGUGUGGUUGAUUUAGAGAAAUUGAAGUCUACUUGGGUGGUUGGUCAUGAUGAAGUUACAACUGAAAUGUCCACCGAAGAGAAAGAAGAUGUAAGGAGGAAUGGUGUCAAGGAUUGGUUGUCUUCUGUUUUUGUUGAUCAAGAAGAUUCCAUACCACUGGAUAACAGUCAUCCUGAAUGGGACAAUAUCAGACUGGCGUUUACAGCUGCUUUGUGUGAAGAGAUGAGAGCAGCUGUUCUUGAGCGCACUGGAUUUAAGUGCUCGGCAGGAAUAGCACACAAUAAGAUGCUUGGAAAACUGUCAUGUGGACUUCAUAAGCCCAAUCAGCAGACUGUUCUUCCCCAGUGCAAUGUGGCACUACUGUGGAAAAACAUGCCUGUAGGUAAAGUGCGGAACCUUGGUGGAAAACUUGGAGACAGCCUGACAGAAGAUCUUGGUUGUAAAACCAUGGGAGACCUUGCACAACUAUCACUUCAGCAGCUUACUGGGAGAUUUGAAACCAAAACAUCGGAGUGGCUAUAUAAUCUUGGCAGAGGCAUUGAUACAGAGCCAGUAACCUCUCGUCAACUCCCGAAAAGCAUUGGUUGUGGAAAGAACUUCCAGGGAAAGGAAGCACUGAAUACUCAGGCCAAGGUGCAGAAAUGGAUGUUGAGCUUGGCAGAAGAGUUGACUGAACGUCUUAAUGAAGAUCAGACUGCAAAUAAACGACGAGCUAAAACUUUAACUGUCGGUGUUCGUCUGGAUGGUGAUGCCAAGUUCACAUCAUUGUCUCGCUCUGCCAACCUAUCAGCGUAUUGUGCCGAGCGAAUCGCCAGAGUUGCCAUAUCUCUAAUUCAGCAUACAAAUAAAGCUCCAGCAAAGAAUGGCUUAUGGAAUCCAUCAAUCAAAAACAUCAGCCUCUCUGCUGCAAAAUUUGAGGAUUGGACUGGUUCAGGAUCUGGAGACAUUCAGGAAAUGUUUAAAAAGGCAGUAAAAAAUCCAAGAACUAGCACAAAAGUGCUAGAUUUUGAAGAGAAAUCAAAUGGUGACCAGGAUACUUUGUUGGCAUCACCUGUGAAGGAUACAGUUACAUCUGUGCUGAAAACACCAAAUAGCUCUUUAGCAAAGAAUGAGAAACUUGGCACUAGUCCAAAAGUUAAUAAAGGGAUAAAAAGUCCAAAGGAAAGUGGCAAUUCCAAGAGUAGCCCCAUGGUCAGUAAUUCAUUUUUCAAGAAUCUUCUUCAAAGACGUGUAAACAAGCAAUCGACAGUUGCAACAGAUCCUUUACCAACCACUUCAGAAAAAUGUAAUGGUACUGAACUACCAGAAGAAAACAAUGAUAUUCCUGAAGUUGAGAGCACAAAUAAUCAUGAGACCGAGGGGAAAAGUGACCUCGACUUGUUAGCAAGCUUAUUAUCAGAUGACGAUGGAGAAACUUGUCUCAGUGAAGAUGACUUGCCCUGUGGUCAGCAUAUUAAGGAUGGAGGGGAUAGUGAUAGUAGUUCUGUUUAUGAUGCUGCUACAGAUAUUGAUUCUAGUUUUUCCUCUGAAUAUAAGGACAGACUACAAGGUAGUCAGGACCUUUUUGUAGAGGAUGAUCCUGGUUUAGUUAGUAGAUCAAGUGAAAAUGUAGAUCAGACACCUAAACAGUCGGGUGUAGAUGCUCCCUGCUGUACAUCAAAGCCUCACAUGAAAGAUGUCCCGCCAAGAGGGGCAUCUCCUUUGAAGUCCUGUCAAGAAUCAGGGAUAAAUCAUAAUUUGAAAUCCUUGGGAAGUGCUACAAAGGUUUCAGUACAAGAAUUAUUCCCAGAUCUUGAUAAUGUUGAUGAAUCUAUCUUGAGUAUGUUACCAAAAGAAUUGAAGUUAGAAGUGGAAAAUGCUUUGAAAGAUUAUAAAACCAAAACCCAACAGAAAAAAUCUGGGAUGUGGAAAUAUGUAACGAGUGUUCCUUCACCUCAAAAGACUCCUAAUUCAAAUAGUAGUUGUGAUCUAUUUUCAAACAGAAAUGGUAAUGAAGCAAUACCUGGACCUUCCAAGGAAGGAAUAUCAGAAGAAAUAAGUCAUGUGCACUUGGAAACCCCAAGGACAGGUAUAAACUGCAUACAGAAAAUGGAUGAAAGUAAUAAGUGUACGAUAAUCUUUGAUAAUAAUAAUGUAGGAAAUGAAGGAAAAGAUUUCAUAGACUGUAAAGAAUGUGGUCUCCAAAUUUCAGCACUUGAAGUGCAGGAACAUGCCGAUUACCACUUGGCACUUAGUCUGCAAAGUGACAUGAAAACAGAUGCAAAUUUAACAAAUAGUAAAGUAAAAGAAAAAAAUAGAAAAAGUAAUAGAGGCAGAAAAAGAAUAAAAGGAAAUGUGAAAUCCUUAGUAACAGUUAGUAAAAUGCAGAAAUUAGACUCCUUUUUCAAGUCAUAACUUUAAAAUGAAACUUCAACUUGACCUAAGAUAAUUAAUUUAUAUGAAUUAUUUAAUUUACUAUUAUUCAGAGAUCAGAUAAUAUAUCUUCAAUUUCUUAUUUAUGACAAAGUAUAAUUGUGUAUUUUGUUUGAUUAUAUUAUAAUUACAUGACAGCUACUAUUAGUGUGUGGUAUAAAUCAGUGCCUUUGUCUCUUUUUUUUGUCUUUCAGAGUUAAUGAUGUAUGUAGCAUUUCUUAGAUAUACUACCAUAAAUUCGCAUGUUUAUUUUUUAUUAGAUAUCUCAUUGGAUGGCUGCAAGACUUCCAUGCAAGUAAUUAAAGUCAUUAGUGAAGACAUUAAGAUGUGCAAUGUGAAUUUCUGUUGGCUGAAAACAUGGGAAAUCCUAAGAACAUGUGUAUGCAAACUCUUACACAGAUGGAUAAUGAUUGCCACCAAAUAAAAAGACUAGUAAGUCUGCCAGAGUUUUAGUUAACCAUGCACAAGAAUGAAAUAUACAUUUCCAGUUUCCCUAAAAAUACCAACAGACUUACUGUUAAGUGAUAUGUAUUUAUAAAAUCUAUUGCAACUGAGAAAAAUAUUAAGAUAAUCGUAACUAUUGAGGUUAUUUAAUAAAUUACUUAUUGAAA